CGCCUUCUCCCGUCUUCCCCCCGUCCCCUCCCCCUCCCUCUCCCCCUAUACACGAAACUCUCCGCACUCCUUUCCCACGUCGUCUGCCCGACCCCCAGGCCCCUUCCCAUGUCCUCGUCUGCUCCCUCUCCCAUGGCCAAUUCGGACGGCCCGCAAACGCCCGGCCCUGCCCAGGGCGUCUGGCCCUCUUUUUCCGCGCAUUGGGCCGCAAUCAAGCGUGAUCUGGCCCGCCUGCAUGCCGGACAGACGAACCCUUUCUCCUACCCGCCGGAGGACUUCGCCCGCUCGGCUGAUGGCUCCCCCCUCGAGAGCUCGCGGGAUUACCUGGAGACCAACGAGGUGAUCAACUUCAGCCGGGCCUUCGUGGCCGGCUCAGUGCUGGGGUUUGUUGGUGGCGGUGUGAUUGGCUCUGUGGCCACCUCCUCGGCCGAUUGGGACCGUCGGCUGAAGCGCUUCGGCCGGGCCGACGUCGACCCGACCAUCAAGCUGAAUUCCCUCUCCAGCGCGGAUCGCAUGAAGUUCCACACUGCCCGUGCGCCGGUUAUGUUGUCAUCUCUCUUCAUGAAUGGCAUGGUCACUGCCGCCCGAGCGGGUCUCUUUUGCGCGACCUUCUUCACGGUGGCCGGCGCCGUGUCCCUCGGCAUGACGCACCUGCUGACCCGGGGCAAGUCCAGCGCCGAGGAGUCUUCGACGGCCGCGGAGCCGGCGGCGAUCGCCGCUCCCCCGUCCGAGCCGUCGGCCAUCCAGCGCUGGGGGCCUCAUCUCCGGGGCACCGUCUCCUUCGGCGUGGCAUCCCUAGUGCUAACCGGCCUCUAUGGAGCGAUGCUCUUCCGCCGGGGCCGGCUCUUUGGCAUUGAGACCCAGCGCAUGGCUCUCAGCCAGGAUGGCCUGCUUUUGGGGCAGUCGGCGCGGCCGCUCCUGCCGACCGGGGCAGCCUCCGCUGCUGGCUCCUCAAGCGGCCCGCUGCGCUCGCCCUCGGAGAAUGCCCAGUCCAUGGUGCGGUCCUUCUCGGUGGUCAGCAUCCUGCUUGGUACCCUGACCGGUGCGCUGGUGGACCUGCGUGCCUGGCUCCAUUCUAAGAUGUAGUGCCGUUCUCUCUUUCCCUCUCUCUUGGAGCUUCUUUUUUUCCACCCCUCCCUGCUCUUUGCUUUUCUCCCGACUUCGGUCCUCUGUGCCCGGCCAACCCCCCCAUAGACACAUUUCCCCUUCCAAA